AUGGCUGACACAGUUAAUCUGUUCGACAAUGGACCUCGUCUUGGCUGGAAACUCAACGUAUGUCAACGUCGAAAGGAAAAGUAUACCGUUCGACAUCGGGCGCCACGUGGCGAACCUCGUUGGAAGAACUAUAGAAUAGACUUAACAAGUUCUGCCCUCCUCACUAGAUUUCUCGCGCUCCCAACGGAGCUUCGGCUGCAAAUAUAUGGCUACGUCUUUGGCCAAGGGCCGACAAACAUCAACCCGGCACGAGUCCUCCCAGACAAUUACCCAGAUCUCUUCCUCGAGAACCAAGUUAUCCGCUCCGAGGCCUCCACCGAAUAUUUGAAGGCAAUGGAAUUUCAACCUGCUCAGGCAGGAACGGAGGACAUCUAUCGCUGGCUGAGUCAACUAUGGCCAAGCCACAUGUCCAAGAUCCGCGGCAUCUGCUUCCUCGAUGCCAACGAGACCGCAGCUAUAGCGUCCGUGAACCCUGGGUGGCGGGUACGCAUACGGAGGCGCUUCGAGAAACGUGUCCGCGUGGAAGAUUUCAAGAAGAAAGGUUUGGCACGGAGCGCUAUGAAGAUCGCGUUGCCGAUCGAAGCGGUUCUAUCGGAUAAUGAGUGGCGUGGCGAGGUGCAGUGGGUUUCGAUCGAACAUCUGUAA